AUGGCUUCUGUGCGACUGCCUCUGUGUCUCGUCCUAGACGCUGCUGUGGAUCUGACUCUGGGCUUGUUCAGAAUGGGCCUUGCAGAUCUGGCAUUGUGCGUGCUCCGCCUUAAGGAGCCAGACGCUCUAAACUUUCUGAAUGGCACUGCGGCGGGGACUGUGGCGCACACCACAGGAGAGCCCACAAUAUGCCCUACUUGCGCUCGCCAAAAGAAGGCUGUCGAAGCUGAGCACAAUGAAUGCGUCUCGGGUUAUCUAGAUAAUACAGAAGCCCCCUGCACCAAUAUAAAAAACAUGCAUCUGCUGCAGGCAGCGGGCGGCUUCGUGUUGCUUCACGCAUGUGCAACUGCUGCUCGCUGUGGCCGCGACGACCACAACUGCGCUGACGCCGACAGGCGUGAAGCCAUACUGAGAAGGAUUGAGAGUAUGGAGGCGCUCCUAAGGGCAUGGGAGGCUAUCCAGAGAGCCACGAGCCCCGCUCACAUGCCGGCCGAGCUCCAGGGUUACGUAAACACAGCGGUGGUGCUUAGUGGGCGUCUAUGUGAACACCUUGGGUCAAGCGGAUACAUGGACACAGCAGCUAAUCUGCUCAGCAGUUGCUUGCGCCGCGUAGACACUUUUGAAGCACCCAUGUCUUCAUCUUAUUGGCCCUUCUGGUGGCAGCUCGCUCACCUCCUUGCGAGGCAGGGAAAGUGGGCUGAGGCUCACAGAGUAUGCACUGCUGUCUCAAAGGCAAUUUCAGAAGUAACAGAACAAACGCUUGAAACAAAGCAUAGAUAUGGUACUGCAUACAAGCAGCUGCUUUUCAUGGCGCUGAUGAUUAAGUGCAAGGUGUGGUCCCAAGUCUCGCAGCCAACCGAUGCAUUUGAAGAACUGCAGUUCGCUGUGAAGGCAUUUACUUCAUGCGUAUCGCCUGACCCAUCAACUGUUGCUCGCGUAGGAAGAUCUAUCGGCGAGAACGGUGGGGAAAUAGGAACGCAUAAUUCUACUACAGUGUACCAGUAUCUGCGUAAGCUUUCAGCCUCGAGCUUUGGAGAAAACAACGGACCAGUACCGUUGCUGUUCAUGGACGGAUGCGCAACAACGUCUAAGAGGCUGACAAUUUCGCUAAGUCUUCUAAUUCUCCAAACGGGCUGCCGUGAUAACCGCAGGGCUGCUCCAUGGACUGCUGCCGCCGGUGCAUUCGGAGAUGCAUGCGCUAGCCACGUACCGCCAGAAGAAAUACGUAACGGCCAACAUUCAGCCGAGGCGGAGUCUGCAGAAACCAAAAGUCCAGUCUCUAGGAGGCGCGAUGAGUCACGGGGACAAAGGAAGAAACGCCCGGUGUUGGCAGCAACAGCAGCUGGCAACGGCGCUACAGGGGAUUGCAACCCAGUAGAGAGUCUGCUACUGAAGCUGCUUGAAUUUACUGAUCCCAUGCUUUCUGAUUUCAUUGUAGCCGCGUCCAAGCUUGACAUGAUAUUUAUGCCAGACACCUGCGGAACCUUUUCAGACCCCAAACUAGCGAUGACUGCAGGAGGCGAGCUACCACCCAAAAGCACAGCGGGAGCUCAUGACUCUGCAGGACAUGGCCGCAAGAAAACUUCACGGCAGUCGACUGCGGCGGGACAGAAUAUCUCUUCAGCAACAACCCCUCCGACGAACGAGGAGUUUCUUAAGGAACUUGUGCGGGCUGCUCAUCGUGCUGCGGCGUGUUUGCCUCUGGCCACUCAUGCCGAGCUCUUAUGGCGUCUUGCGGACUUAAAAGACGUUUUACCACCUGGGAAGCUAGCCAAAUGUUGGAAGGCCCUCGAGUAUCGCUUCGUUUACAUGGACUUUUUUCAUCCUCCCCUAACAGAUUUAGAGGUAUUUGCUUGGGAUGCCUCAGAGAAUUCGCUGGCUUUGAAGAAGCUUGAAGGGUUAAUUCGUUCAGGGUGGGUGGUUGCUUCAUCCUGCGACCUUCAAGGGCUGCGAGACCUUGAGGAAGUCAGACUUUCCAUGCCUGAAGAUGAUCCCCAAGCAAGUAGGUCAGCACCCCAUCAGUUACUCGGAACGGAAAAACAAGGGGCCUUUUCUAAGGAGACUGGUGCAGAUACAACUGUGCAAAGCGCGGGAAAUAUGACGGCGACACGCUGUAUCAGGCUCCUCCUUGCUCGUCAUUGGGACUGGGAAACUGCCCUUCGUCUCUGCAGUACUUCUUCGAAUAGUGUGGCAACUGCUCCUGCUUCUGCUUUAAAGCCUGAUGUUUCUCAUGGGCAUAGCCGUCAGGGCCAGCUGGUUGACCCUGACGGCUAUGCGAAGGGAACUUCCACAUCAUGCAGAGUGGCUAAACUUGUCACCAGGAUCCCUCUUAUUUGUGGCAUGCAGCUGAUUGCUGCCAAGACGCCAGAGAACGCAGCUACAAAGUACAAAGCGGGAAUGCGCAAGGUGGAGGCCAUACCACUCAGGGACUCACAAGUAGUCGCCAAUGCUACGAUGCCAAAAUCUACUGGGGCAGGCCAAUCACACGCUCAGCAAGUGCUCGAGACAAUCUGCCAGAUGGAAGAUGACUUAGACGAUCCUGCAGCGCCACUGCGAUCAGUGCGCCGGCUGCACAAACUCCUGCAGCCAGUGGCCCAUGCACGUGUCGUGUGCCACGGCCUAGUGUCGAGUAUUCAGCCCCCGGCAACGAAUAUGGUGACGUCCUGCACACCAAAAGGCUCAGAAACCACCCAACUAAAUAUAAGUAACAGCUUAACUCAAAAACAAAGAGAAAAUUUUGGGUGUGGGGGGGACAGAAGUAGCGAAAGAACUGGUGGAAAUGCUACGAACUCCGAAUUCGCGACAGUGCAUGUAGUGCAGCUGACAAGCUGUGAUCAUGUCUCUGAGGAAAUAAACCAUUUUCUGGUUUAUACGCGGCUGGCGGCGGGAACCUCAGAAUCAACUGCUGAGUCUAGCUUCCUCACAGACUCAUGCCGAGCGCGAGCCUCUGGUGAGGAAGAAACGCCGUUUGUAAUUGGUUCGGCACCUGAGCUAUUCAAGUGGCGGCUGCGGGAUGGACUGCGUUCUGCCCUACAGAGCUGUCUGGGGGUACACCACGAUGUAGUUAGUAUUAUUGAUAACUCAGCUGUUUGGCCCACACCGCCUCAUCCCCGCUACAACUGCAUGAUGAAACUUCCGAAGAACUUACUUAAGGGAGCACAGGGGUCAAGCGUAGCAGUAUGGACAGAGACCGAAGCAGAACUGCCGUUGUGUAUCUUGGAGCUAAAAUUGCACACUUGGAGCCUUAUGCGAAUGCUGGAUGCGGCAAUGGAUGGACGUACUGAAUGCCAAGUUGUUGAGGCCCUUUCAACUGGGCAAGGGUCGCCUGCAGCUUCCCAAGAAGCGGGGAGCCCUCUUCCCGUUAAAGGAAACAACCACGUUAAUAGUUCAGUCCCUCCACCUACACAAGCGCAGCGAUUGAGCAUUGUGAAUGACAUAUUGGCCCUAUGGAGUGCGGCGCUGUCAACUGAGGGCGUUGAGGAGCUCACGAAGCACUUCUGUAGUGACUACAUUUGCCAAGUCCUACUAACGGUGCGACUUGUGCAUCACUUGGCGAAGCUAAAAUCCUCCAUGAGCUUAUUUCGACUACGUUAG